CCGUUUUGAAAAUAUCGGUUUGGAUUUUUGAAAAAUUAAGACAGUUUAGCUAGCUACUCCAGCACGAUAGGUGGCAGUACAUAGAGGAUAUUUAUCCACGGGGGUCGACAUCCCUGUCGAAGGAGAGUACGCAUGGCUCGCUAGCUAGCUUAGCUAACGUUCUUUAGCCCUGUCAUGUAGCUAAUAAACUUCGUAUGAAUCAAAUACUAGCUCAUCAUUACGCUCACUUGGUGUCAUACUCAAGGAUAUUGACACCAGUCUACUACAAUGGAAGUCCUAAUGCAUCACCUUCGGCAGAGAGUCUUACCCCACCUGCCCAGAGCCUUUAUCACUCCUUGUAAGAGCCAUUCAAGCUGUGCUGCUGGAAAUGCCCCAAAGCCAACCCCCACUGACUCCACCUCCCGACCUAGCACACCCCUUCCCCUAGUCUCCCGUCUCUUCCAGCCCUCCAACCUGCGUGAUCUGGGUCAGGAGAGUCGUGCUCAGGGGGAGAUGACCUGCAAGAGCCAGAGACUGAUGCAGCAGGCAGGUCUCAUCCACCCUUCCAACCCUGGCUGUUACUACUUCCUCCCAGCCACAGUGCGCUCCAUGGAGAAGCUGGUGAGGCUGAUCGACCAGGAGAUGCAGAGGAUUGGUGGGCAGAAGCUGGACAUGCCCAGUCUGUGCUCUGCGGAGCUGUGGAGACGCAGCGAGCGCUGGGACCUGAUGGGAAAAGAGCUGUUCCGCCUGAGGGACCGCCACGGAGCUGAGUACUGCCUGGGCCCCACCCAUGAGGAGGCAGUGACAGAGCUGCUAGCCUCCCAGGGAACCCUGUCCUACAGACAGCUGCCUCUAAUGCUCUACCAGAUCACCCGCAAGUUCCGUGAUGAGCCAAAGCCUCGGUUCGGGCUGCUACGGGGGCGGGAGUUCUACAUGAAGGACAUGUACACGUUUGAUGUGAGUGAGGAGGCUGCCUACCACACGUAUGAGUCUGUAUGUCAGGCUUACAACCGCCUCUUCUCCCGGCUGGGCCUGCACAUUGUCCAGGUCCAGGCAGACACAGGGAACAUCGGAGGUAAACUCUCCCACGAGUUCCAGCUCCCAGCAGACAUCGGAGAGGACAGACUACUGGUCUGUGGGAGCUGCUCCUUCUCUGCCAAUGUGGAGACCAUGGAACCAGGCCGGACUGACUGCCCACAGUGCCAGGCAGGCACACUGGUGGAGUCCAAGGGCAUAGAGGUGGGUCAUACAUUCUACCUUGGCACCAAGUACUCCCACAUAUUCAACGCCACCUUCAACAACACCCAGAACAAGCCUGCUGUCACUGAGAUGGGCUGCUUUGGGCUGGGGGUGACCCGGAUCCUCGCUGCCGCCAUAGAGGUGAUGUCCACGGAGGAGGCUAUCCACUGGCCUGGGCUGCUUGCCCCCUACCAGGUCUGUGUUCUGCCACCUAAAAGGGGCAGUAAGGUGGAUGAGGUGGCUGGUUUAGCUGAGGAGCUGGCCCUCUUUCUGGGGGAGGCUUUGCCCAGCCUAAGAGGUGAGGUGGUUCUGGAUGACCGUACACAGAUGACCAUUGGUAAGAGACUGAAGGAUGCCAGUCGGCUUGGAUACCCCUAUGUGGUGGCAGUGGGGCAGAAGGCUACAGAGGAGACACCCAGGUUUGAGGUGAUCUGUCAGCAGACUGGUGAGACUAUGUUCCUCAGUAAGGAUGGGCUGGUAGACCUACUCAGACGAGUGGAGACGGUCUGAGUUGGACCGUUCUUGACCAGGAACGGGACUAAACUACUGAACUCCAUGGAACUCUAUUGCUCCUCUGAAAUGGGCAUGCUUGUGGUUGGGUGGGAUGAUAAGCAGUAAAGAGGCUACUAAGACCAAUCUAAGUCUGAUGCAAACUGAGCUGGACUGAACUGAAAUGUAUUAUUACACUGAGAUGAACAUGCAUGUCUGGGGUAGGGAGGAAGUAGCCCUUGAUCAUGACUCUCAGUUCCAUUACAUUACACAUAAGUCAUUGGACGAAGGCGUCUUCUGUACGAGGGAAUUUUGUUAAGAUCCGCAACGCUCGGUCUGAACAUUAACACGGAUCGCUUGCGGUACGGUUUUUGAAGCAUAAGGACCUUAGCUUUCAUAUCAG